AUGAAGUUACAAUCUCUCUCAUUCAUCAUUCAUCUCAUUUCUCUUGUGAUUUCGCAAUCUUACGAUGUUCCAUGUCUUUUAGGGAUGCGUGUCGAAACGAUCGAAAAUAUAGGGGUCUCUGGGCGAGUUGGGCAAUAUUCCCAACUUGCUGUCAAUUGUUAUGAUGACAUUCCCGACUAUAAAAAACACGUCUACGCGAUGUCUUCGCAGCUCUACUGUUACGUCUCCAAAGCCAUCUUCUACCAACAAUAUCAGAACAUGUCGAUAGCAAGAUGUGGCAUAUGCAUUGAACUCACUGGCCCUUCUAUGAAGCCUUUCACUUGUGCUAUAGCAGGGAUGUACACUGUCCGUCCAGAUGCCUUCGCAGCACAUCCGGACCUUGCGUACGACAUCCCACGAACCUUCUUCUUACCGAAGAAAUUGGUCACAGACAUAGCUGUUGUCCCAAGUGAAGGAGGAGCUUCUACUGUUGUUCCCGUUAAUUAA